AUGAAAGCAUGCUUGCAUUGGCCGCCCAACCGCAGUCCGCAGGCCGAAUCCUCCUGCAGUACACAGCGGUUCGCUAUCGUCGAAAGCCCGCGUUGGCUCGGAACGGCCAAAAGCAAACUUUUCCGCGUACCGGAGCGCCACCAGCAAGUGGAGGAAGAAGUGGCCGAGCUCAAGCGGCUGCACAAUGUCUAUCACACCCAGAUGAAGGCGGUGCGGCGAUUCCUGAUCGAUGAGGUCGAAGCUUCCAAGUUGGUGUCCCGUGCCGGAAUGGUUAUCCAAACGCCCGAGGAGGAAGCUUCCGAAUGGGAACAGAUCCAACGGAUCAACGAAGAAUGGAACCGGAAGAUUGGUGAGGUUCGCGAGAAGCGGCUUGCCGACGAACGGGAACAGAGGAAGAAUUACAUCCUGGAACGGCUGGUUGCCAAGGAGCAGAGAGAUCAGGAAAAUCGCGAACGAGUCGAGGAACGGGUCCGAUUGGAGAAAGAAUUGGCCAGAAACUACAUUACUAGGGAUAAUAUCGACAAGGCGAUUGAAAUGGCUCUAGUGCAACCAAUGAGUUACAACUUUUCGAUUGAUUUGAGCGGAAAUAUUCGUAGGCUUGGGGAGGAGCAAAACCAGGAGUCCUCAAAUUAGGGGAGUGUUGUAGAUUGUGGCCGUUAGUUGAUUUUAAUAAAGCGAAUGUGAAAAAUACAA